AUGUCUGUGCCCUCGCAUACAUCGAAUCAACCGGAUGAGGAUGAGGAGGAGGAUGUUGAUCAACCUGAGGAGGAGGAUGCUGAUCAACCUGAGGAGGAGGAUGUUGAUCAACCUGAGGAGGAGGAGGAGGAUGUUGAUCAACCUGUGGAGGAGGAUGUUGAUCAACCUGAGGAGGAGGAUGUUGAUCAACCUGAGGAGGAGGAUGUUGAUCAACCUGAGGAGGAAGAUGUUGAUCAACCUGAGGAGGAGGAUGUUGAUCAGCCUGAGGAGGAGGAUGUUGAUCAACCUGAGGAGGAGGAUGUUGAUCAACCUGAGGAGGAGGAUGUUGAUCAACCUGAGGAGGAGGAUGUUGAUCAACCUGAGGAGGAAGAUGUUGAUCAACCUGAGGAGGAGGAUGUUGAUCAGCCUGAGGAGGAGGAUGUUGAUCAACCUGAGGAGGAGGAUGUUGAUCAACCUGAGGAGGAUGUUGAUCAACCUGAGGAGGAGGAUGUUGAUCAACCUGAGGAGGAGGAUGUUGAUCAACCUGAGGAGGAUGUUGAUCAACCUGAGGAGGAAGAUGUUGAUCAACCUGAGGAGGAUGUGUACCAACCUGAGGAGGAGGAUGUUGAUCAACCUGAGGAGGAGGAUGUUGAUCAGCCU